GAUUUCAGUAGGACCUAUAAGGAUCCUCUGUUCAGGAGAUGUGGAGCAUUAUGGUUGCUCCUAUAAUGAGCUCUAAAGUUUCAUGAGGUUUGGCAGACAUUAACAUGUGAACUCCCAACAGUCCAUGUCUCUCAUUUGGCCCUAUAUGCUGAAACCUCCUAUCCCUCAUUCAGCUUAGCAGAUGAACUCACUUGCCAUCCACUCACCCUAUAUAUAACACUUCCAAGCCAUUGCUUCUGCAACCAAAUCAGAACUCACAUUUCUACCUAUUCCUUCCAGUGAGUGGCAUAGCUUCUUCCUCAAGUCUUUCCUCUUGAAAAAGUUUUCAGACACAUGAUAAUGGGGAUCCGUUUGCCGGGAAAAAUGUUGCGGCGGUCUCUAUCUGGUCACAAAGAAGUAAAUUCAGCAGCCUUAGACAUUCGAAAGGGGCAUUUCCCAGUUUAUGUAGGAGAAAACCAGAAGAAGAGAUUCGUCGUUCCUCUGUCAUACUUAUCUCGGCCUUCGUUCCAGGACCUGCUGAGUCAAGCUGAGGAGGAGUUCAGCUUCAAUCAUCCAAUGGGUGGCCUCACGAUUCCAUGCAACGAAAAAUUUUUCCUCAACCUCAUAGAUGGGAUGAUCAAUCCUGAAUAGAGAACUCCUAGAUAGAUUAGUCAAUACACUUGACACGAUUUUGUAAAUAAAUUUUACUGACUGGUGUAGAUCCUUUUCCCUCUUGUUUUAGGGAGGACCGGUUUAAGGCGAUAGAUGUACAAUUGGGAGAUGCAACUUAGAUCAAUAAUAUUGAUUCACAUGAAUAUGUGGA